AUGGAUGUGGAGCUCACCAAGGGGCGAGCAUUCCAACUCUUUGACCUCAUCGCAGACUGGCCAGAUUCCACGCCCGCUGUGGGAGACCUCAAGGAGUCUAUCUCCCAGACAUCCCUUCGGCUGUUCAUCUCACAGACGCUCAGCGCCUCCCUCCGCAAACGGCUACUCCAUCCAGGGGCGAGGACGAGAGACAUAUUGCAGCUGUACGUCUCUCUCGUCUAUGCAGUGAGGCAUAUCGACCCUCAGGGCAUCGUCCUGAGUCGGGUUGCGGGGCCUAUCAGGCGAUAUUUGCGAGCGAGGCCAGACAUUGUGCACGUGAUCGUCUCCAGCUUGUUGGGCGGGGGUGAUGAGGAUGAUGCAGGCUUUGAGCAACUCAGGAGCGAGUUGGACGCGGCGGGCGCAGAAGUCGGGACAGGGCCCGCUACUGGCGCGGCAGGGCGCCACGAUACCAGCGAAUCGCCCACCGACUACCUCGACCCCAACUGGACGCCUCGUCCAAUCGAUGCAGGACCCUCCUAUCGACAGUCACGCAGCGCAGACGUCAUCGCGAUGCUCGUAUCCAUCUUUGACGAUCGUGCUACGUUCGUCAAGGCGCUCGAGGUCAGCACAGCGCGCGCAUUGCUUAAGAGUAGGGGCUACGACGUACAGACAGAGUACCGCAACAAUGAGGUCCUGAAGCGCCGCUUCGGAGACGCUGCGCUCGCAAGGUGCGAUGUGAUGCUGCAGGACGUGGUGGACUCAAGACGGACGGACGCGAGUGUUUGGAGUGUAUUAGAGCAGGCCCAGCACGACGCAGCUAUGAAGCCGCUGAUCACCAGUCGACACUUCUGGCCUGACCUAGAG